AUGUCCACUAUCAGUAGCCCGGUUCUCAAACAGCCUGUAAAGCUGGCAUGCGUUCAACUCAUGCAGCCCGUCGAGGGCUCAGACAAGACCGCGAUACUCCAGAAUGCAGCCACUCACGUUGCUAAAGCCGCCUCGUCUGGCUCCAAGAUCAUCGUUCUCCCCGAGUACUUCGACUCUCCCUUUGGCAGCCAAUAUCUCUCCGAGUACGCGGAGACACUGCUACCGUCGCCGCCCAACCGAGAGAAGGCUCCAACAUUCUACGCCCUUUCAGCUAUGGCCGCAGAACACAAGGUGUAUUUGAUCGGUGGCUCGAUUCCAGAAUUCAACCCUCAAACAAAGAAGCACUACAACACAAGCUUGAUCUUCGAUCCUGAGGGUAACCUGCUGGCAACAUACCGCAAGGCCCACCUCUUCGAUGUGGACAUUCCAGGAAGGGUGACCUACUAUGAAUCCGAGUACCUGGACUCUGGCAAUAAGCUAGGCUUGAUCGAUCUGCCCGACUAUGGCAAAAUCGCCGUUGCCAUUUGCUACGAUAUUCGGUUCCCGGAACUCGCAACCAUCGCUACUCGAAAGGGUGCCUUUGCUCUCAUCUACCCCAGUGCAUUCCCCAUUGCCACUGGGUCCAUACAUUGGCGUCUACUAGCCCAGGCUCGAGCUCUGGAUAACCAACUUUAUGUUGUCCUCUGUGGCCCUGCCCGAGACACGAGGGGCACUCUUGUUGCUUGGGGCCACAGCUUAGUGGUGGACCCUAUGGCGCAGGUUGUGGUGGAAGCCGAGGAGAAGGAGACGAUUGUCGAGUGGGAACUGGAUCCAGAUGAGAUCACUAACACAAGGAAGAGCAUUCCGGUGAGUGCACAGAGACGGUUUGACAUAUAUCCGAACGUCAGCGCAGGGGCAAUACAGUUUGAGGAUCCAAAACUUGAGGAGCCUUGA